AUGGGUAGUUUGAACAUAGCGGAAUGGACACCAGAGCAAGUAGCGGACUGGUUAACAGGUCUAGGACCGAAAGUAGCCCAGUAUGUGCCGGAGCUACAGAAGAAGGCUCUCAACGGCUCGAAGCUGCUGACGAUGCGAUGUGAUGACUUGGAAUAUCUGGGCGUUCAUAUCAUUGGGCACCAGGAACUUAUACUAGAGGCUGUGGAGCACUUACGAAACUUUCACUAUGAGUCGUCCCGUGAAUGUGUGCAGCAGCUAGCGGUGCGUGUGUCAGGCGCGGCUCAGUCCCUCGCCCGCGCGCUCCGGUACCACGGAGACGCGCGCCUGGAGACUGACUCACUGGCUGACGUGGCGCGGACCGUACACGCUGUCAAGCCGCUCGUGUGCUGGCUGGACCGCUGGCCGCUGUGUUCGGGCUCGCCCCUCGCCGCUCGUAAGGCGGCCCUGUUGAAGCUGUCCCUGGAGGCGGCCACGUGCGCCCAGCGGGAGAGGUUCGCGGAGCAGCCCGCACGAGCUGUGGCCGCCGCCGCCGCCGCACUCGCCGCACUCGCUGACUACAUCAUACAGGACGUGUCGGACCCCAUGAUCCUCCAGCCGGCGCGGGUGGACUCUGUGUCUCUGGUGCAGGGGGAGCGCGCGCUCGGCUUCGAGGUGGUCCCGUCGUUCUGCGGACACCACCAGCUCGCACACAUCCGGUUCGCAUCUCCCGCACACGCCUCCGGGCUCGUGCACGAGGCUGACGAGAUCGUGCAGGUGGGGGGGCGCUGUGUGGUCGGCUGGCCCGGGGAGGCCGUGGAGGCGGCGUGCACGCGAGCGGCGCGCAGCGGGGACCUGGCGCUCAAGCUGCGGCGGCGAGGGGCGCGGGCCCUGCCCGCCCUCCCCACCCCGCCGCUCCGCGCUCCCCGCGCCCGCGCCCGCCCCCGCGCCCCGCACGCGCCCUUCACCCUCCACCGGUACGAGCUGGAGUUCCCCCUGUCGGGCGCCGUGCCCCCCGCGCGCCGCUCGCCCCCCCGCCCGGCCCGCGCUGACAGCCCGUCCUCCGAGGACAGCGAUGCUCUCUCCCCGCCCGCCUCGCCGACGCUCCUCCUGCUGCCGGACACCGCUCGUAUGUAUCCUCCCAAGCCGCGCCUGUCGGUGGUCCGUCGUCACUCAGUGAGCGGAGAGACGCCGGCGGCCGCCAGUCACGCGCUCGCCGUACACCAGUUGUGGCAGCAGUUGCAGCAGCAGCGCCUGGCAUGCGCCGAUGGGGACAACGCCCUUUAUCGGAGAGAUAAGGCCGUGUCGUGCAGCACGGGCCUGCAGCUGUCUCCGCGGCCCCGCACGUGCCUAGUGGUGCCGCGGCCGCUGGCUCCGCCCGCCGCCUCGCCGUGUCGCGGGAAGCUCGACAAGAGUCACUCGACCCCCGCCUACGACUUCGAGCCGAGCUCGGAGCCGGGGUCGUUGGCCGCGCAGACCAUCCCGGAGUCACCCACCACUCCCGUCACAGACGGCCCUCACACGGAGAAGGAGGGACAGAUACUGGACUUCAAGAAGUCCAGCUCGCAGAUAGAGGAGGCCAUCCAGCAGAGGAACCGGCGGGCGAACGGAGACGAGGACAAGAACGACGGCUUCACUGAGGACGACACGAAGCUAGAGAUAGUGGAGACGGUCAAUGAGGUGAUGAGGGAGACGGGGGGAGGCGUUAGGGACAGAGGCAGGGAGGACGCGAGGAGGAGGAGGGAGGCGGCCGCGGACGACACGAGCAGCGACGACCAACAAGCGGCUCCUACCAUGAGGCAAACGAAACCCCGCAUCACGGAGCGUUUCCGCCCGGUGGACCCGUCCCGUCCUCCCUCUCCUCCCCCGCGCCCCUCCCUCCCCCACCGUCCCGCGCCCCCCGCUCCCCGCGAGCCGCGCCCUCCCCCCCGUGACGCUCCUCAGUACCCUCCAGUGCGCGUCCUCCCUCGACCCACCGAGUCCCGGGACGCGUCUCCGCUCAAGGCCCUGAGACCAGAGAUACCGCAGGCGUCUGUGCCGCUGAGACACAUCACCAAACACGACAUCAAACUGGUGUCGGCGGAGAGGCGCGAGCUGCCCGCCAUCAACGGCGAGGCGGAGCGCGCGGCCGCAAGGAAGGAUGACGUCACGGUGCCGGCCGCCAGCCCGGGCGGCGGGUCGACGCCGGGCGGGGCCGGGGUCCCGCGGGGCCUGUUCCCCUCCUCGAAGGCCCGCAGUCUCAAGAAGAAAAACUCCCUGCUGGUGAAGCGUCGCUCGGUGCCGGCGCGGCUGCUGGCGGGGCGCGGCGCGUGCGGCAGCGUGGUGCAGCGCGUGCGAGCGGGCGCGGGUCCGGGCUGCACGCGCUGGGCCGCGCGCCACCUGCUGCUGGCCCACAACCUGCUGUACGCCUACCGCUCGGCGGAGUGCUCGCGCGCCGCCUGCAUGAUCUACCUGGAGGGGUUCACGGUGUGCGCGGCGGCCGAGGUCAAGUCCCGCGCGCACGCCUUCAAAGUGUACCACACGGGGACGGCCUUCUACUUCGCGUGCGACUCGCGCGAGGCGAUGCUGGCCUGGAUCGGUCUCAUACACCGCGCCACGCUGCUGCCCUCGCUGCUCUCCGAGGCGAUGGAGCUAUCAAAACAGUUUUCGGAAACUGAUUAUUCUGAAACCGAAUCGGAUUUAGAAACAUCGGAAAGAAGAAUGGAGAAGGAGAAAGAGAGGGAGAAGGAGAGGGAGAAGGAGAAGUCGAAGUUUGGAUCGUUGAAGAAGUUGACGCAUCGGACGAGCAGGAGCGAUUCACAGGAGAACGUGAGCCAGCAGGCCGCCACCAGCCUCGACAGGAAAUAUCUGAGGUUCUUCUCGCGAGCGCGCGCCAAGGACGACAGUAAGACGGCCAAGAAGCCGUCCGGCGUGCCCGUGCCUACGGAGCAUUACCGCAGCUACCGUCGCGCGGAGCCCCCUCUCCCCUCCCCCCGUGGCCCUCCCCCCCGCGCCCCGCGCCUCCUCCUCCAGCAGUAA